ACUACACAACAUAGAACCUCCUUUGUAUAUAAAUAUUGAUCAAUAAGUAACAACACCAAGCAACAAGACACAAACAUCAGUUAAUAAAUACUUUACAUGGCACACAAUACAUCAUCUGAUUCUGAUAAUGAAAUUUCUACUAGAACUAAACUCUUUGAACAUGAAAAACCUAUCCAUGAAAUUCUUGGAGGAGGAAAAGUGGCAGAUAUAUUAUUAUGGAGGGACAGAAAUGAAUCUGCUAAACUUUUUCUCGCGAUGACAGUGAUAUGGUUUCUAUUCGAGAUCCUUGAGUACAAUUUAGUAACAAUCAUUUGUCGUUUUUUCAUCACUGUGAUGCUUGCGCUAUUCAUAUGGUUCAAACUUGCAUAUAUAUUAGAAUGGAAAGAUCCUCCUCAUGUACCGGAAAUCAUUUUACAAGAGUCUUUCUUCAAUGAUCUUGCUUUAAUCCUCUACAAAAGAUUCAACCAGAUAUUACCGCUACUUUUCUUGCUUACAUGUCUAUCACAUCUACCCGUCUUUCUUAUGAUCAUUGUUUCCCUCUAUGUAGUCUCAGUGAUUGGAAGCUACUUCAGCUUUAUUAAUCUUCUAUACAUUGGCUAUCUCUGCAUGCAAACAUUGCCAAUUGUGUUCGAACGGUACGACGAAGAAAUUAACAAUCUGUUUGGAGAUAUCAUGUUAGUACUCAAGAAAAUUUAUAGGAAGUUUGAAAAGAAUUAUCUCAGAAGAAUUCCCAGAGGACCAUUGAAGGACAAAAAAGCUCAAUGAUUUACUACUAAAUGGAUUUUUUUUAUUUGUUUUGGUUCUAAAACAAGAACAAGAAAACUAAAAGAAUUGUUUAUUAAUUUGAUUUGAUUUCAAAAAGAUCUAAUUUAAAAUAACUUAUCCACUCGUUGAUAAAUUAACAAAUACUAUGAGUUGAUAAGUAUGCAUUAUCAAAAUCUAUGAACAAAUUGCUCUCCAAUAUACUCUAAAUUUGCCACUUGUGCAUCCCUAACUAUCACUUUAUCUCCAAGUUUCUCAACUGUCAAAAAGGUAGUAAAAAAUGUCUUUAAAUAAAAAUUUGUUGCAUCGCACCACGAACCAAGCCUUAUCGCGGUCGCGAGAAUUCCAUAAGUGAAUUGCAUGUUUUCUUCACAUUAAACCUAUAUUUCUUCCCUUUUUUUUUAAACUUUUUUUAACUUUCUUCCUUUUAACUUUGACAUGGCUUUUGAUCAUUAUUCUUCUGAAUUAAUUCAAAUUUUCUCAUAAAAAUCUUGUAAUGACGACUUUCAUCACAACCCCAAACUUAAUCUAUUGUUUUUCUUUAAGGAUCAUGUCUACACAUUGAACAUUUCGUCAGAAUUAAAAUGCUUACUGAUAAGGGUCAAAUUAUGUUAAAUAUGUAUGUAGUUUUGUGACACUUAUUGACAUGUUUCAUUUGAACUUCUUAGAUAAACUUCAACUUUUAUGCACAUAUUUUAU